GUUGACAUCAGAAGCGCGCGCGGUGGGAGAGCCGGUGACGAAGGCGGAAGUGUUGCCAGCUGAGUCGCUGAGGGAGCAAACGAGCCUCGCUUUCCCUCCGCCGCAAUGGAGCUGCAAGAUAGCGGUCAAGAAAUGGCAGCUUCGCCUUCCACAUCCACAACAGGCAAGUCAAAGCUGGAUACUUUACCCAGAGAAGAUCUUAUCAAAUUUGCAAAGAAGCAAAUGAUGCAUGUACAGAAAGUGAAAUCCCGAUGUUCAGAAUUGGAGAAAGAGAUUGAAGAAAUGAAAACAAAACCUGCUGCUGGAGGAACUGAUGAUAUUAUUCAGGCCCUCACAGAGAGGCUGGAUGUUGUUCUUCUGGAGAAAGCUGAAAUCCAGCAGCAGUGUCUAGCUCUGAAAAAAGAAAAUGUGAAAAGGCAACAAGAAGCAGAGGCUGCUCUCGCUAAGGAAGAAGAAUUGCAGAAGAAGUUUGCACAGUUGAACACUGACUACCUGAAAGAAAUCGAAGGUCUUAAGAAUGAAACCAUAGCAACACAGUCCAAAUAUGAUGAAACUAUGGCCACGUUGCAAAAGGAACUGCUUGCAGAAAGGAGCAAACAAGAGCAGCUCACAGAACAGCUUAAUUGUCAGAGUAAUAACCACAAAGAAAUUAAAAGGCUACAGGAAGAGGUCCAUCAAACUAAGGCUGCCUAUGAGGAACAAAUAUUGAAUCUGAAGAAACAGUUGGAUGCUUCUGUUGAGGGUAAGAAGGAGGAAACUGCCAAACUGCAAGAGGUCAUUGAAAGUAAUUCUCAGUGUUACCAAAGGGAAAUGGAUAGAUUAGAUGAAGAACUAGGCCAACAGAGGACUAUUCACCAAAAGGAGGUGUCUGAGUUGACAUGUCAGCUUGAAGCCGCUGUCAAAGCAUGUGAAGAGGAGCAAAAUAAGGUAGAUCAGCUAAAGCAGAACUUAAUAGAGCAAUACAGAUUAAAAGAGAAGGACAUGCAGGAUGAAUUGCGUGCUUGUAAAGAGAAAUAUGAGCGUGAACUGGAAUACAUAAGGCAAACUCUAACGAAAGAUGUAGACAGCCUAGAAACUGGAAAUGUACAAUUGGAAACGGAAAUGGCAGAAAAGACCAGACAUUUAGAAAAUGCUUUAAAAGAACUGGAAUCUCAACACAGUAUAUUACAAGAUGAGUUAACCUACAUGAACAAUGUUAAGAUGAAACUGGAAGUGGAAAUCCAGCAUGCACAGGAUGAAUUCUUCCACGAAAAAGAAGAUUUGGAGUUCAAAAUUAACGAACUGCAGCUUGCCAAAGAGGAUCACUGUGGCGUAGUUGAAAAACUAAAAUCAGAGUUGAAGGCAGUAACAGAACAACACGAGAAGACUAAAAAAGAAAAUAGUCUAGAAAUUGAAGAACUGUUAGAAAAGCAUAGAAGGGAAAUUUGUGAGCUUAAACAAUCAGUAUCAUUAAGUUUAGAGAGAGAGAAUCAGUCAUUGGCUCUUGAGAUAGUGGAUCUUAAAGAACAAUGUCAGAAGCACCUACAGGAGAAAGAAGACGCAAUUGCUAGUUAUGAGAGCUUGCGUGAAACGAUGGAAACCUUUCAAACUGAAUUGGGGGAAUCUGCUGGGAAGAUAAGCAGAGAAUUUGCAUCCAUGAAGCAGCAGCAGGCUUCGGAUGUUGAUGAACUACAGAAAAAGCUUAGAGCUGCUUUCAGUGAAAAGGAUGUUCUACUUGAGAAUGUAAAUCAGCUCCGGGAACAUACAGAACAACUUUCCUUGAAACUCGAGGAGCUGGAAGAACUGAGGCAUAAAAUAGGGACUCUCCAGGAAGAGAAUGAGAAACUUGUUGCUUCUCUUCGUCAAAGAGAGGCUGCAGUGAAAGAACUGGAAGAGAAGGAGAGUGAGCUUUCAUCACAGAACCAUAGUAUCCUUGACAAACUGAAAUGCUCUGCUGAGACAAUAGAAAGCCUCCAGGGAAAAUGCAAAGAGGAGAAAGCAGCAGCUGUGGAACAUCAGCAACGUGUUGAGGCUCUAAGCCUUUGCAACAGUGAAUUGGAACAACAGGUAGAGGAGUUGAUGGCGAAACUGAAAGUGGAAAAAGAAGAGAACCAACUAAAGUGGGGGGAAUUGGAACAGCAGAUUGAAGCUCUUCGGCAAGAUAAAGUGCACCUCUCAUCUGAAGUAGCGAGUCUACAUGAUGAAAAUAACAAGCUCAAGGAAGACAGGGACCAAGCAGGGAAAGAGCUGGAAAGCAUUGCAUCUGAAAAGCGGGGCUGGAUUGUGUCUCAAGAGAAAGCAGAUAAUUUAGAAAUGAAAUUGCAAACAGUCUGUGAAGAGAAGGACCAUUUGACUAAGGUACUUGAGGAAGAAAAGGCUUUCAGAUCUCUUGUCACGAGUCAGCUCUGUAGCCUCCUUGAGCAGAUGGGCUCCAGAAACCCAGAAGAAAAUGAAGGAGAAGAUGUAACUGGUCUGCUACAAGCUGCGAAUGAAUUAUUUGCAAAAAUGAAGCAAGAGAUACAAAGUCUGAACUCACAAAAGGAUGAAAACGUGCUUCUACAGGAGGAGAUGCAGAGGCUGCAGGAAGAAAAUGCAGCUCGUUGCAUGGAACUCAGAUCUCUCUUGGAUGAUUAUGAAAAUGAAAAGCUCUUGUUAAGAGAAGAGUUGGAAGGGGCUGUUUCUGAAAAAGAAGCCCUGCAGCUAGAUAUCCAGGAGCUGAAGCACGCCAGUGAAAAACUCAGGAAUGAGAACCAAGAUAUUUUAGUUUGUAUGGAAGAUCUAUCUGAAAAGCAUGCACUCUGUGAAAGCAAAAUACAAGAUCAAGAAGAGGAGCGGAAAAAAUUAAGCUUAAUCCUUGAGCAAAAAGAAACGGAAGUGAGAAACGUGCAGGCUGAGCUUUCUUUGCUGAAGGCUUCUGUCGAGGAGUCUUCGGCUAAAGAUGACCAGCAGUUAUCAGAAGCAGAAAAAAUGGUGAAUUUGGAAAGACAACUGAAAGAGAAAGAAGAAAAAGGAAAUAAAAUUAAAGCUGUUGCUGUGAAAUUAAGGAAAGAACUGGAAUGCAGCAGGAAAGAGGCACAGUCACUUAGGGAAGAGGUGAAGUUAUUGCAGUCAGAGAGACAGCAGCUAUCAACUUCAAUGGGAGACAUCAUUCAGACAGCAGAGAGCUAUAAGAAUCUUUUAACAGAGUUUGACAAACAAGCAGAACAGCUGGACUUUGAGAAAGAGCGAGCUCGUAAAUUUGAACACCAAAUAGAUGACCUUACGAGACAACUGGAAAAUUCUACUCAGCAGCAAGACCAGUGGCGUUCUGCUAACGAAGACCUCUUGACUCGUAUUCAGACUUUGCAAACUAACACUAAGCUGCUAGAAUCACAGCUACUGGAAACUCAGAGGGCCAAAGCAAAAGUUGAUAAAGAACUCGAAGCUGAAAAGCUUCUAAAAGAACAAAAGAUAAAGGACCACACUAAUGCUGUAAAAGAAGUUGAAGAACUUCAAACACAACUUCAGAAAGAAAAGAAGCAUCUUCAGAAAAUUCUAGAAGAGCUGGAGUUGGCAAAGAAGGAUGCGCAUAAGAGUACAAUGAUGGACAUGGAAAUGGCUGAUUAUGAGCGUUGUGUAAAAGAACUUAAUCAAAAGAUUACUGACAAAAGCAGCAGAAUUGAAGACCUUGAGCAAGAGAUUAAAAUUCAGAAGCAGAAGCAAGAGACUCUGCAGGAAGAAAUCAAAUCAUUCCAGAAUUCUGUACAAGAGUAUGAGGGGAAAAACACGAAGAUCAAACAGCUGCUGGUGAAAACGAAAAAGGAAUUGGCCGACUCAAAGCAAGGAGGAAAUGAACUUCUGAGACUUCAAGCAUCUUUAAAAGGGGAGUUGGAAGCAAGUCAGCAGCAAGUUGAAGUUUAUAAGAUUCAGUUGGCUGAUAUAACCUCAGAAAAACACAGGAUACAGGAACACCUGCGGACUUCACUAGAGCAACACCAGAGGGUUCAGAGUACUUAUCAGCAGAAAUUAGCAGCUCUUCAAGAGGAAUGUAGUACAGCAAAGGCAGAAUACUCUGCUGUAACCUCCGAAUUUGAAAGCUACAAAGUCCGCGUCCAUAAUGUUUUAAAACAGAAGAAUAAGUCUUCUCACUCUGAAGCGGAUGUGACCAAGCAAGAAAGAGAGCACAUGGAAAAUAUGAUAGACCAACUGAAGAUCAAAUUGCAAGACACUCAGCAUAACUUACAAAUGAAUAUAACCGAGCUCCAGUCACUGCAGACUGAACAUGACACUCUGCUGGAAAGGCACAAUAAAAUUCUGCAAGAGACUGUGGCAAAGGAAGCAGAGCUCCGAGAAAAGCUCUGCACAAUCCAGUCAGAAAACAUGGUGAUGAAGUCGGAGCACGCACAGAUUGUCAGCCAGCUGACAGCCCAGAAUGAAGCUCUUCGCAAUAGUUUCCGCGAUCAAGUCCGGCACCUGCAAGAAGAGCACAGGAAGACUGUGGAGACCUUGCAGCAGCAGCUGUCCAAAGUAGAAAGCCAGCUUUUUCAACUCAAAAGCGAGCCAAACACCAAAAGUUCUGCUCCAUCCAACCUACCAGCAAAGAACUUGCGAGAGCGGAGGAGCACUGACCUUCCUCUUCUCGAUGUGCACACGAUAACCAGGGAGGAGGGCGAAGGAAUGGAAACCACUGACACAGAGUCUGUAUCUUCUGCCAGCACUUACAUGCCAUCGUUGGAACAGCUUCUUAAUACCCCUGAUGCAAAAUUUGAAGCUCCACAUUGGGAAGCAGAACUCACCAAAGAAGAGUUGGUGCAGAAGCUGAACACCACGUCGAAGAGUGCGGAUCACUUAAACGGACUGCUGCGUGAAUCGGAAGCCACCAAUGUAAUCCUCAUGGAACAAAUAAAGCUUCUUAAAAGUGAAAUAAGGCGAUUGGAAAGGAACCAAGAGCGAGAAAAAUCCGUUGCUAAUCUGGAAUAUCUGAAGAAUGUUCUGCUCCAGUUUAUAUUCCUAAAAUCGGGCAGCGAAAGAGAGAGGCUUCUUCCAGUCAUAGACACCAUGCUGCAGCUGAGUCCAGAGGAAAAAGGAAGGCUAGUUGCAAUAGCUCAAGGUGAGGAAGAGAGCACAUCACAACCUUCAGGCUGGGCGUCGUACUUGCACAGCUGGUCAGGACUGCGAUAAGACUGUGAUAAGACUUCUCGUUUGUUCAAACGUUCAGAGUUUGCAGUUGCACUGGGAAGAAUCUCAACAGUGAAGAAUGAAGCAUAUAUAUGUGUAGCCCCAGGAUAGCUUGCGUUGUUUUCUCUUUUGGCCAUUUUAAGCAGGUAACUGAUUUUUGACUAAGGAUUGUAGAAGAUGUGCGGACAACAAAUUCUGGUUUCAGGUUUUGGUCUCCUUUACAGCCUAUGGCUACAGGUGUGCGAGGCCUUGUACAUCUGUUAAGCUCUCCAGUCUGAAAGAGCUGCUCCACAUUUUUGUGUGUGUGCGGAGCUGCCCUCUCCCAUCACUUGGAGAAAUAUCUUAUGUACACUGGAACUCUGGUUUGGGAUGUCUGACUUCAGCAGACAUCUUCAUUUUUUAUUUAUCCAGAAAAAAAUGCACUAUACAAGUUGGUGAGUAUCAGUGAGACUCAAGUUGACAGGUCUGACCACGUGUUUUCCAAUUUUGUUGUUCAAAUCACCACCUCUUUAAUGACCAGCAGCAUCAGAGGGAUGCUUUUUCUCGUCAAAGUACUUUAAGACAUAGCUUAUAAAUUGCUUAUGUCUCAGAAGGAAAGAGGGGCAUAAAGAAAUAAAAAUUUAAAAAAAAAAUCUGGCUGUUUGCCCUGCAUUCAAUUUAUUCAAUUCUAGGAAUCUUGCCAAACUCAUUUAGUGAUUUCUCCAGCUUAAUAAGGUAAUAUCUAGUGUUCGGGAUUUUGCUGUGUGUCAUAUACCCUCUUGAAUUGUGCAUUAAAAUCAUUAGCUAAUGAGCAUCAAGAACAAGAUGCUUUAAAAAGUGACAUUUCAAAAACGAAAUGAAAAAAACUUCAUUAAAUUAAAAGAUUGGGAAAUGCAUUGUACCGAUUCUUAAGUAGCCACUGACGUCACUGAUUAUGCUGCUCACAAAUUUACUGAGGGAAGAUCCUAAAAUAGGAUUGAGUUUGCUGAAGGUUGUGAAUUCUAAAUAUAAUUGUCAGUGGUCAUCAAAGAUAAGGGUUCUCUGGAAAGGAUCAGGUCUGUGCAAUUUCCAGCUAGGCUGCUCUUCCGAGGAAAGAUGCAUUUUUACCAUUUAAUAAGGGGUCCAUAUUUCACGUUGCCUUGUACACAAUUCUGGAAGCAGAACAAUUACUUUCUAAAACUAGUCCCGGUAAUUGUGAGAAUUCGGGUAACUUGUUCUCCUGCAGUGUUUCUACCCUUCUUCUUUUUUGCCUUUUAUUAUUAUUAUUAUUUGCCUUCAAAUGCUUUCAGCUAUCACUGAAAACAAGGUUUCUUACAGAACAGCCAUGCCAAUUUUGGGGGUUCUUUUCUUGGUAUGUGAGCCCUGCUCAUUAUUCAUCUGCUCAACCGUCCACUAUAUGCUACAAGUCCAGUUAUUCUCUCUGCUACUAAUAAGUGAGAGAUGAGUUGAGACUUAAAUGUUGAAGGUCUGGAGAAGGUUGCUGCAUAAGUUCGUUUUAAACUGCUUUGAUAUAUGUGCUUUGAUGUGAGUGUGAUGCAUUCGAUACUCAUUGAUUAUGUGUCAACUCAUUAUGGCGUUACAAAGAAUAGAAGCGGCUGACUCCUUAAGGUAGCUAGCUGCUUCUCUCUCAAGUGUAAUUGAAGUUAAAAGAAGACUUCCUGUUUUGUAUUCCAGCCUGCACAAAGGGGAAAUGUGAAGGGGCUGUGUGCAUUGAAAAAAGACCCAUCCAUAUUUCAGUUUAUUGAACCAAGAUAUGGUUGCCCAAAUGUUGUUGUUAUGUUCUGCAAAUAUAGUAACAUGCAUUUUCAGACAUAGGAGUAAAACAGAUGAAUGCACCUAUUCUUAAAGGGUAAUAUGAGAACACAGCUACUCUGCUUAGCUUGAGAUAUUUUACCACCUACACUGACUACCAUCUUUAAUUUAGAAAGCAGUUGGACGGCCAGCUCCGUUGUUAGGUAUAUGAAACACUUGAACCGCUUCUCACCAAUAAUUACACAUAAUUUUCAUUCACUAUAGCUAAUUAGAAAUGCCUUUGCACAGCUUUAGUAACAGUCUGUUUUCAGAGCACAGGCUUACCUUAUUUUUUUAAGUUUUAAAUCUGUGGACGUUAAUUUAUUUCACUGCAGCAGUGUAAGUGGUAUAUCAUUUCCCCCCUAAUGUGAGCUCCUGCAACGAUAGUUAAGAGUUGGAUGUCUUGGUUUAUGUUCUGCCAUGUACGUUCAGAUAUUUAAACUGAGCAGGAAAUUGUCUCUGCGUUUUCUCCGCCAUUUUCACAUUAGCUUGACUGAUUGCUCGCUACUAAUUGCAGGUAGGGAUACAAUUUUCAAUGUUAUUAGCAACUGUGACAAAACAAACUUUUCCUCUUUUUUGAAGUCAUUUGAAAUUCUGUUUUUAUUGUUUCAGACUGUGAAUAAAUUAUGCAUAUAGUUCAUUAUUUUUGAAAUUUUCAAUUGUAUAUUAAUUAAAAUGCUAUACUCAUGAAUGUAACAUACUGUUUUCCUGCUCUCAAUGUAACCUUUUAUUACAAAGAAAGAUUGUGGAGGGCGAAUGCUGAUUAAAAUAAGUACAAAACAUGA